CCUAGAGGCUAUAAGAGCACAGUAUAAAAAAGUGUGUGCUAUGCUCAAAAUAUCAUCAAAUAAUCCAUAUAGUGGUGAUAUAUCUUUUUAAAGAAAUGGAAACAUCAAUAACAAAAGUACACCAACAUUUAGAUAGAAUUUUGAAAUAUCUGAAUCCAUUAUUGCCUUUAGCUAAUUGUCACAUGGUGGAAUUUUUUACUGAGAAUCACUGGGAGAAAUUACUACCAAAAAACUUAAUACAAACAAUAGAUAAAUGGGACUUGAAUUCUGCUGUUGAAAAGUUCUGGACAUAUGCAUCGGAACCGAAAAAAAAUAACAACUGUGAACUUAGUAAAUGGAUACACAAAGCACAAAAUCACAGUUUAUCUGUCAAUAAUGACUAUUGCAUAUCUGUUGAAGAGUUGGAACAGCAUUUACAGUGUUGGGGAGGUUCUGUACUACCGGAAAUUAAGAUUACAGAGUUUAUGACAAGUAAAAAGAGCUAUGAGGUUCAAAGAAUGUCUCGUUUUGUGGCCUCCCUGUAUAAUGCGACAUCAUCCACACAUUGUAUGGAGGCGGGGGGCGGCCGGGGGCAUUUACUAGUCGCGUUAACUCUAGGAUAUAAUGUACCCAGUCUUACCGUUGAUUGUGACGAUAAAGCUCUCAAAAAUGCAGCGGAUAGAGUUAAGAUUAUACAAAAGCAAUGGAGGGCUAUUGCUAAGAAGAUAACGAAUGGGAAUGAGGAAUUAUUUAUUGACAACAAACAAUGCAACAUACACCGUUUUGCCACAUCUUUUAUAACAAACAAAACGAAUGUAGCUAAAAUCAUGAAAGAGGCGUUUCCUGAACAUUAUGAAAAUGAUUACAAAGUUCUUUUAACAGGUCUACACACAUGUGGAAACCUAGGUCCUGAUUCUCUCAGGAUAUUUUCAUCACAAACAUCCACCACCGCUCUGUUCAACGUGCCGUGCUGCUACCACCUCCUUACGGAGAAGGUGGAUGCAGAUCUGUUCGACGUGUUCCAAAGGGACUAUGGAUGUGGAACAUCAGAACAUGGAUUCCCUAUGUCAGAGUAUUUAAGAGGGUACAACUUGGGCCGCAACGCCAGGAUGUUGGCUGCGCAGUCGCUGGACCGCGUGCUGCACUACAGGCAGCUGCCAGACAAAAGUCUACUUUACAGAGCUCUGUUUCAGAUAAUAGUAAAAACUCAUUUACCGAAAUCGAAUUUAAAGGAUGGUAAAUUAAAAAAAAUUGCCUCGAAAUGUGAUAAUUUUACACAAUACUUCAAGAUGGCGGACAAAGUGCUGUCACUGGGACUAUUUGACAGGUUGCCUGACAGCUACUUGACAGAUGUGUCAAACGACCUCCAUUGUCAAUGGAAACAAAUUGUUAUGUUCAAUUUGUUGAGGUUAUGUUUGGCGCAAGUUAUUGAAAGUGUUGUUUUGUUAGAUAGAUUACUAUAUUUACUUGAGAAUGGAUAUAGAAAAUCGUAUAUCGUUAAAUUGUUUGAUCCAGUAAUGUCACCGAGGUGUCACAGUAUUGUUGCUGUUAGAUAACAUUUGUUUAAAGAAUUCUUGAAGAAUUUUUAUACUUGGGCAAUAAAUGUAUGUGAUAGUC